AUGGCCAGCUUCGGAAUGAUUUUCGCUACGCUCGCACUUGUAUGUUUCGUCCCUCAUUGUUCUAAUGUUGCAGAAACAGCCACUAUGAAGCCACCAUACUUGAGCUGUCAUACUGAUUUUGAUGGUCGUGGCGAGGAUAUGUCUGCACAAAGGCAAGGCGAGUCCAAGGCAAAUGGAAACAUGCGUGUCGUCUUAUCGUUGCUACAGUAUCCUUGA